GGGGAAGCACCUGGGAGGCCCAGGCUCCUGCUCCUCGCCCCUGGGCCCCGCCCGCUGAGGAGCUCGGCGCCUCCCCCGUGCUCACGGUGCAGAUCCAGGGAGAGUCCCUGCUGAACGACGGCACCGCCAUCGUGCUCUUCUCGGUGGCGUACGACAUGCUGAGCGGGAAAUCCUACGACUGGAUAGACAUGACCAUGUUCCUGGUGCAGGUCGCCUUCAUGGCCGUGGCGCUCGGCAUGUUCACCGGGUACUUCUUCUUCUCCUGGAUUCGCCUGGCGAGCAACAAGCUGAACCACCACAGCGGCGUCAUCCAGAUCGUGCUGACGGUCUGCUGCGCCUACUGGACCUCGUUUCGUCUGCGCCGAGGGCGUGUUCGAGAUCAGCGGCGUGCUGUCCACCGUGGCCUCCUCGCUCGUGCUCGCGCACCACAUGUGGCCCCACGUGGUGUCGCAGGCCUCGAUGCACCACGUGUGGCACACGAUCGAGUCCGUGGGCAACGUGGUGGUCUUCUUCCUCGCCGGGGCGCUCACCGGCAACGUGAUGGGCAGGGCUCGGAUCCCUGCCAUGGACUACCUGCACCUCGUGGUGAUCUACCUCGUCCUCCUGCUCAUCCGCGGUGUGCUCAUCUUCGCGUCCAGGCCGCUGCUGUCGCGCCUGAACGUCGGGAAGCAGAGCCCGCCAGUGUCGCUGGGCGAGGCGGCGGUGAUGACGUGGGGAGGCCUGCGGGGGGCGGUGGGCAUGGCGCUGGCGAUGCGCGUCUUCCGGGAACGCGCCGUGGGGACGGACGAGCGCGGCGCGCCAGCGCGCCUCCCUGCCGCAGGACGGCGAGCGCGUCCUGUUUUUCGUGAGCGGCGUGGCCUUCCUGACCAUCGUCGUCAACGCCGUGACCGCGCCGGCGGUGGUCCGGCUCCUGGGCGUGACGGCGCUGCCACAGGCG